GCCAUAGAAGAACAACCUGCACGUAAUUGUGCAAUGCUCUAUUUUACAGUGUCAAGGUCAGCGCGCGUAUCACCAGGAACUGUGUGUGACUCCAGGAGUUCUGGCACCGUGGCUGAUUAUUGCAAGGGUGUUGGAACAAACAUGACGUCAUUGGUAACCCUAGCGUGUAUUCUCUGUGCGUGUGUUCUAGUAAGGUCAGAGGUCACCGUCAUAGACCUGACCCACACUCUAGGACCUCGUUCUGAAGGUUACCCUGGCAACCCUAAACUGAACUUCACCAAUAUCAGACGCGGCGAAGGGUAUUUGGGAAUAUGGCAAGAGAUGAACUGGUUCAGCGUGGCCGAGCACAUUGGAACCCACUUUGACGCCCCCCGCCAUUUCUGCGUGGACGCCUGGAAGGCUCACGAGAUCCCCAUACAGCGCCUCGUCGGGCCCGCCGUCGUCAUCAACCUGACGGCGGAGGCGGCCAGCAACAUCGACUUCGGCGUCACGAACGAAACUCUGAUCGCCUGGGAGAACGACAACGUGCCGAUCCCGGACAAAGCGUUCCUGUUCUUCGAGUUCGGGUGGGCGCGGCGCUAUCCCAACUGGCACCGCAUGUUCAACCCGAGACAGCGGGGGCGGGUCCAGGAGAUCCACUACCCCGGGCUGGCGCACAGCGCCGUCGAGUGGCUCGUCGCCAACAGAAACGUGCACGCCGUGGGCGUCGACACACCGUCGCCUGACCUCGGCGUCAGCAAGACGUUCAUCGUACACCGGAUGUUGUGUGAGAACGAGGUCGUCAUCUUGGAAAACGUCGCCAACCUCGACCAGAUGCCGCCGUACGGAGCCAUGGCGUAUGGGGGCGCUGUCAAACUCAGGGACGGGAGCGGUGGGCCGGUGCGGCUGUUCGCCACGGUCGAUAACUCUGCCGGGGUCUUCUCGUUUUCGGCAGUUCUCUUGACUUUAAUUAUUUGCUUCCAUUUGGCGUGAAAGUGUGUUUAGUGGCAGAUGCUGGGGAUUGUUUACAUUACCAGGACUGUUUUCUUUUUUAAUGUCAUUUUCAAGAAUUUCCAUUGACAGUACCACGUGUGCCAAAAGUCAGUGUUAUAAAAACGUCUAUUCAUGUAUGCAUUGUUAUCAUACAAGACAGCUGCGUGUUACCCCAUAUAUUUGAGUUCUGUUAAUCCCCACGAACAUAUUUUAAUACGUAGAUAUGUGUGUAUGUGUAUGUAUAUAAAUAAUAUAUGUUUUAUUAUUAUUUUUAUUGUUAUUACCCAUAUUUCUGAGUGUUUUUGUCCAAACCAAUAUAUGAUAUCCAUAUUUAUUUCUAUUUUCAAUCUCCAGUAAUAAAAAUAUGCCAGUA